AGUUUUCUCAUAUUUGAUUUCGUCACUCGACUGAAUCAGAGCUCAUCUUGAUCAUGUCUGGAAGAGGUAAAGGCGGUAAAGGACUCGGGAAAGGAGGCGCUAAGCGUCAUCGUAAAGUUUUGCGUGAUAACAUCCAGGGAAUCACCAAACCCGCCAUUCGUCGUCUCGCUCGCCGCGGCGGAGUCAAGCGCAUCUCCGGCUUGAUCUACGAGGAGACCCGCGGGGUACUGAAGGUGUUCCUGGAGAACGUGAUCCGCGACGCCGUCACCUACACCGAGCACGCCAAGAGAAAGACCGUCACCGCUAUGGACGUUGUGUACGCGCUCAAACGACAGGGACGCACCUUGUACGGCUUUGGAGGAUAAACGCCUUCAAAUCAGGAGAACAAACCCAACGGCUCUUUUAAGAGCCACCCACACUCACACAUAAAGAGAUAAUCUUACUGUUUUAUGUGAAAACUGACACUUAAUAUUGUUCGUCUAUUUUGAAAAGUGAAACCAGUUUAAUGUUGGUGUGUACCUUGCACCGAGAAUCUACAUCUUUUCAUAAUUUUGAGCCGAAAACGGGUUCUUAUUUUUAAAAAUACUUAAAAUAAUGUUAACGUUACCAGAACAAAUUCUUCAUAUCUGAAAACAUAACUGGCAUUAAAGCUGUUGUUCUGAUUUUG